GGUUCCUAGUGCGAGUGUGUGUCUGACUGAUGCCACAUCAAACUAAUAAAAGUAAACUGUCCCUUUUAUGUUAUUAAUAUUAAGAUAGCAUACCAAGAGCAAUGAACCUAUCCACUUUAGAGUUUGUCUUCAGUUUCUGCAGUGGUCGUGUGACUAUGGAAGGUGAAUGGAAGCUGUCGUAUGGAAUUUGUGGAAGCAGCAGCAUUACCCUGCAUAAGGUGUUAUAAUUAAUACUGAUUAAGAAUCUCCCCCACCUUCAUCACCAUGAUGUCUAGUUCAAAGAGUGUCAGUAGCAGUGGUAGUGAAGAUGACAAUGAAAUUAGAAGAGGGCCUUGGACUCUUGAAGAGGAUAAUCUUCUCACACAAUCCAUUGCUAACCAAGGCGAAGGCCGUUGGAAUUUACUUGCUAAAUGUUCAGGAUUAAAGAGAACAGGAAAAAGCUGCAGAUUAAGGUGGCUGAAUUAUCUAAAGCCGGAUGUAAAGAGAGGAAAUUUAACACCACAGGAGCAGCUUUUGAUUCUUGAACUUCACUCAAAGUGGGGGAACAGGUGGUCAAAGAUUGCACAGCAUUUACCGGGCAGGACAGACAAUGAAAUCAAGAACUACUGGAGAACCAAGAUUCAGAAACAAGCAAGGCAUUUGAAAAUCGACACCGAUAGCAGAGAGUUUGAAGAACUAGUGAGGCGUUUUUGGAUUCCAAGAUUGCUUCAGAAAGCAAGAGAAUCGUCCUCUUCUUCAGCCCUGCCAAUCCAAAACCAAGCAACUAUGCCUGUUUCUCAGUAUUCAGCAGCAGCAAUAACACCACCACCUUGUGUGCACCCAACAUGUCCAAAUUAUUUGGAUCAACGACUUGAGCAACACAGCAAUGGUUCAUGCGUAUCCUUCUCUGAACCAAAAUUGCCUCAGUUAUUGGGAUACAACUCCAACCAUUUUGGUAAUGGCUUGGAUACCGAUGAAUUUGGGACCUUCACAUAUGAUUAUGGCUACCAUGUAAAUAGCAAUGGCUAUGACAAUGAGACCCUCAACAUGGAAUACCCUGUUGAUGAUUGCCAAAUGGCAAGACACAAUUGGGUGAAUGAUUUUGCAUGUGACUUGUGGAACAUGGAUGAAUGCUGCCAAUUUAGUAACUUUAAAAAAUAACAUCUUUUUAGUUUAUUAUUAUUAUUAUUAUUUUGAAUGACCCAAAUACUAUUUCCAUAAAGGGUAUGUACUGUAUUAUUAGAUAAUUAAUUGUGGAUUACUAUUAGCUACCAAAGUAAAA